AUGGUACUUUUUAAUUGGAUAUCUAAAAUAUUAAUUGGGAAAGGAUCCCAAAAUUGCAACAUUUUAAUAAAGCAUGAUGGAAAAAGGACCAAAAUAGUCUCUUUCAUAUAUUAAACCAUGUUUGAACCCUCAAUAGUGUACUCUCUAUGCACAAAAUAUAGAAAAAUGAUUAUAACAUUCUCUAAAGGAUUUUGCUAUUACUUCAAUUCAAGUUUCCUUCUUGUAUCAUUAUUUCACUAGCCUGAUAUGUUGUGGUUGCAUAUCCUGGUCCAUCAUAAAAUGAUGUUGGGAUUGUUCCACUAUACCCCAUAGAUUACAUAGAAUAACACAAUUGAAUUUGUUCUAUGCAUUAUCGCAUUUUCAAUAAAUUCUUCGAAGUUUGAUAAAUUUUUGUAAUUAAAAUUUAAUUUUUUUUAUUAAGUAAAAAGUUAAAGCUUCAUAUUCAAAAGUUAGAGAAACUAGAGUUAUCUUGAUAAAAUCCCUUACUAAAGUUCUGUAAGCCCAAAGUGUGCCAGACAAUAGCCAUGCCAACACCUUGGAUUAUCGUCAACAAUUUUUCAAAGCAAAUUAAUCAAAUUUUAUUGAAAGCUUUAGCUUGACCCCUGGUUUUAGCAUCAUGAGGGGUUAAAUAAGCAAAGACUCCAUCUUCUUUAUGAAUGCCUUCACUUAUGUUUUGAUGAAAAAUCCCCUGAUCUAUUGUCAUUGUUUUUUCCAAACCAAAUCUAUGGAUGAAAUCCUCUUUGAAGAAUGCGAUAAUAUCUAUUUGUUCUACUUUCUUGAGAGUUUUGUAAAAACAACAUAAACUUCAUCAGUAAGAUGUAUGGCCCAUCCUCAAUGUAAUCUCCCAAAAUUUUUUAAAAUCUUAAAAUUUAAGAUAGGGAUUUGUACAGGAAAAAUUAUUAUUGUGGGGCCAAAUAACUGAAAUUUUCAAACUAAAGAGGGUUAGAAAAGAAAAAUCUGGUGAUUAAAAAAAAACUAAGGUGAUGAUAAAAAAAAAAACAAAAAAAAAGGAGCUAAGGUCGGGCUUUCCUUUCUCCUUGCCCUUAUCGUGUUUCCCUAGCUCUUCACUAGAAAAUUUUGCCUUCAUGUUCCCUAGCUUGCACCCAGCCUCUUUUUGCUAAGAAUAAGGCGAGAUUUAGCAUUUUUCCUCCUUCUCCUAGCAACAUAUAGAGAUUAAUAGGCUUAUAAUUCUCAAAAAUCAUGAACAAUAUUUUAGAUCUGGGUUGUUGCACCCUCCCAUCUGCUGAUCUAUUUUGGGUUGUUGUCCAUCACCAUUUUCGGCACUUUUUGGUGAAAACUUUGCUGCAAUUUUGGAUCCCGCAAGUGGACUGAGCUGGCAGCCCAACCUAUUGUCACUAUUUCAACCAUAACUUCCUUUGUAGAUGUUGGUUUAAGGUACUGAGACUCAAGAUGUGGGAAACCAAGGGGAGUGACGAGUUAGAAGGCUAGCCUUUUGCAUUUUGGAUUUAGUUCGUUUUGGAAUUUGGCCACUAGAUGAAUUAUUUUGAACUUAACUCAUUUUGGACAUAGAUUUAUUUUGAGAUAUUUGAUUUAAGUUAUUGGAUUGUCAGAUGUGAAUUAAACAAGUUUUGAGCCUUGUGCAUUUGUGGGAUUCUCGCACAAGUGUACGGCCUUUAUUCUGCUCUCGGUUUUGGGGCGUGACACUCAAAAUGGCUAGGGUUAAACAAACAAGUAAGUUCUAA